UUUGCCUCAUUGUUCACUUUAAGCACUAAUGUUAAUCAAUUUUAACUUUUUUUAUUUCUUUGAUAUUUACAUUUUUUUAGACAAAGUUAUAGAGCACACAGAGAGCGUUUUAGCACAGAAGUUAGUAAGUUUUUUUUAUAUUUUUUCAAGAGUUGGGUAUGGAAGACUAUGGAAAAACGAGAGACGGGGAGUUAAAAACAGAUCACAGCCUGGAAAAAUCAGGAACAAGUUUAUUUCAUCAUCUGCUCAACAAAAGGAUCCUCCUGAACUCUCGUGACGAUGCAAAAUCCAUCCUACAUCGUCUGGUUUUUGUGUCCAAGCUCUCCUGGCAGCUGGCAGAUAAGCGGGACCUGGCAGAUCUCUGGGAACAGCAGUUCCAGAAAUAUAACCUGGGAGAGAGUGUAACCGGUGUCCUGCUACUUUACUCAUCAUACACUAUUCACAUUAUGGAGUCCAGCAGUGAUGUCCUUUACUGUGCGCUGAGAGAUCUAUGUGAAAAGAAAAAAACAGGAGUCAGGAAUCUGGUGCAGGAGCCACGGAUACUGGUGAUGUCUCACAACAUCCCAACACGCAUGUUCAGCCAAUGGAGCUUUAAGGUCAUAAAUACUCCAGAGCAGAAUCUGUCAGGCAAAUACAAUGAGGAGCCCAUCGAUGACCUCAUCAAGGACUGCUUGAGCAAACUCCUAAAGCUGGGGAUGCACAUAUCAAAGUACCCCAAGGGAACCAGGAACAUCCCAGAUGCCGUGUUUGACCGGGCCCCUAACCUUGUUAUUCCUGAAUCCUCUAUAGUCCGGUUGUUGAGCUGCACAGAGCUCCUCACCCCUAAACAGUUCCUUGAAGCCUAUGAUUCUCCUGUCAAUCUCCUCAUGGAUUCAGAUUGUGUGUGGCCCGCUCCUGAGCACAUUUGGCCCAUGUUGUCCAAAUCUUACCUCUAACCCUGCAACCCCUCCACUGGUCUCAAAAACUCCCAACCAGAUACAAAGAAAAGCAAUUUGUCACUGGAUGUCCCUUUACAAACAGUGAGAAUAUGAAGGGACUUAAAGUGACAAUGACAGCGAAGCUACAAAGAACGUGUCUCCUAGAGUUAAAGGUUAAUAAGAGGACAAUACCAUGCGGAGCUCCAUUCAUAUUAUGUAUCUAACAGGACUGUCAUUCACCCGAGAUCCAUCACCAGAAUAAGGAAAACUGCUAAUAGCACAUUCAAGCCAACAAAAUAUAUCCCUUUAAUGUUUUCUACUGAUAUCCCUUUAAUGUUUUCUACUGGUUUAAACCUUUUUUUUUAAUAUUAUUUUAUACUAAUUGUUUGUUUAAAUCGUAACUAAAAUGUCAUCUAGAAAACGUUUAA